GCAACAAUGACCGAGUACCAGCUUGUUGUUGUGGGCGCCGGUGGCGUGGGCAAGUCCGCGCUGACGAUUCAGCUCAUUCAGGGCCACUUUGUGGACGAGUACGAUCCGACGAUUGAGGACUCGUACCGGUCACAGUACGAGAUCGACGGCGAGUCUGUCAUCCUGGACAUUCUGGACACGGCCGGACAGGAGGAGUACUCGGCGAUGCGUGACAACUACAUGCGGACAGGCGGAGGCUUUCUGAUUGUGUUUGCCAUCACGUCGCGGGCAUCGUUUGAGGAAGUCCCUGGCUUCCGCAACCAGGUCCUCCGGGUCAAGGACGCGUCCGAGGUCCCGCUGGUCAUCUGCGGCAACAAGUGCGAUCUCGAGAACGACCGCCAGAUCCCCAAAGACGAGGCCGAGUCGCUGGCGCGCUCGUACUCGGUGCCGUUUAUCGAGGCUUCAGCCAAGUCGGGCCACAACGUCAAGGAGGUUUUCUUUACCCUUGUUCGCGAGAUUGAGCGCCUGCCAACCGUCAUGCCGCCGCCGCUCCGCCGCAAGAAGAAGAAGAGCGGCUGUGCUCUUCUGUAACUGCGCUUCGCACCGGUCCACAUUCCUCGGUACCUGCAAGCAAGCUACUCCUUUGAUCUGUUCCACGCUCUCGCCUCCCCCCCCCCCUUUCCCUCUGUUCUCUGAUCCACUGCUCUAUUGAAACGAUGCAUUGUCCAA